UUCGGCUCGGAACCCGGUGGUCGUGACAGGAGCGGGGACUGGCCCCCGUGCUGCCUUCAGGGGUCCAAACCGGUUCUCUUGUGCGGAAAUAUAAAAUGAUCCAAAGUGUGCCUCGGAUUGUAAAGUGAGUGGACUGCGGCAGCUGGGCGGCAACACGGGACAAGCGCGUUAAUAAUAGCGUUUACGUGUUUUAGUUUGCGUAAUACUCAUAUUUAAAAAGCCUCUCGCGUGUAUAGAGUGAACAAAGAGUGACUUGCACGCAUGCAUCCCCCACCGGGAAUGUACACACACGAGAAGAGUUAUCGUUGUGUGCAUCUGUUUCCACGACGAGGGCUCCGUGUAGCUCGUGGUGGCGUAUGUGUCUCUGAGUCCAUCACUAUAUGGAGUAGUAUCCUGAGUGCAGUCCAGAAAGGGGUUAACAAACCCAGCAAACACGGAUUCGUGGCGAUGUGAACUCCUCCGUGACGGCGUCGUGUUGCGUAACAGUGGGCUGGGCGUGCAGAGAGAGGAGGGGGCGAGGACCGCGCAGGAUGCGUGCCAACAGGCACACAGAGUGACUGUUGGUCUCCAGGCUCUGACAGCGUGCACACGGGCAGACCUGAUCCACACGAGGGGCGAUCCGAGGAGGGGGACCCCGUCUUCAUGCACUGCUGCUGCUGGUCCUCCUUCACUGACCCGCAGCAACAUCUACCGUCACAUGACCUGUGAUGUCAGACUAAAAGUGUUGGACCCAGUGAUGUGAGGCCAGCAGGGAGGCGUGUCCACCGCCAUCCGGCGCCGCUAAUGAGCCGACGAAAGUCGGCUUUGUGUCGAGAUUCAAGGGCGUUGCGCCACUGUGACGGAGCCAGAGAGCCCGGAGAAAAACAAGGGCCUGAGCUGAUUGGUCAGCCGUGUGCAGGUUUUGGUGUCCAGCCCCCGCGUGUCCUCUGGACGUCGGUGGGCCGCGGUGGUCUGAGGUGAGAAGCCGGCACAGCGUUCCCUCUUCACGCGGCGAGGCUCCACCGACAGAGCGGCGGCGGCUAAAGGAAAACGCAUCUUCAAAGGCAACAUGACGGAGAACAGGGAGCUGGUGGUGUUCUACAUCAACUAUAAGCUCUCCCAGAGGAACUACCCCCUCGCCCACAUGGGCCUCACAGAGCCUCUGAACAGGACCGACGGGGGGGUGGUGGGGUCGGGCGAGGAGCAGCGGGGGGCGGAGACGCACGGCAACGGGACUUUCAACGGCACGAGUCCCGGCACCCCGCCGGCGGCGGCGGCGUCCCCCCCUCCGCGACCGCAGCGGUUGCCGUCGACGACGACGAACCUGGACGCGGUGAAGGAGGCGCUGCGGGACUCGGCCAACGAGUUCGAGCUGCGCUACGCCCGCGCCUUCAGCGACCUGCACAACCAGCUGCACAUCACGCCGGCCACGGCCUACCAGAGCUUCGAGAACGUGAUGGACGAGGUGUUCCGCGACGGGGUCAACUGGGGUCGCAUCGUGGGCCUGUUCGCCUUCGGCGGCGCGCUGUGCGUGGAGUGCGUGGAGAAGGAGAUGAGUCCGCUGGUGGGGCGCAUCAUCGAGUGGAUGACGGUCUACCUGGACAACCACAUUCAGCCCUGGAUCCAGACCCAGGGAGGAUGGGGCCACACGCAAUGGAAGAGGAACUUCUGCCACAUGCAACGUGUUGAAGUGACGCCAUUAGACCGGACGCUCCAGGCAUCAGCCGGUGGAUCUAUAAUGAGCGCUUCGCCGAGAUCUUCGGGCAGGACGCGGCGGCGGAGAGCAGGAAGUCCCAGGAGAGCUUCAAGAGGUGGCUGCUGGCCGGCGUGACGCUGGUGACCGGCGUGGUGGUCGGGUCGCUCUUCGCCCAGAAGCGGUUGUGAGAGGGGGCGGCCACACACACAGGCCACGCCCCCUCUCCACCCGCCACCCUCAGCCCACCACGGAAGUUGAAAUCGAGGUCUCGUCAGAACUGAUGAUGAUGAUGAUGUUUACUCCCCCCCCCCCCCCCCAGUGGACUAAGGAUCUUCGCAUGUUGUUGGAACUUUUGAGAAAAAGACGAAGCUGAGGAAGAAGAGCGACUCGUGUUCAAGUCAUUCACCUCCAUGACUGAUGUGAGGCAACACAGACC